UCUUGGAAAGAAAAGACUGAAACUCUUAACACUUAGGAAAUAAGAGGAAAGCAAAACUGACUCCUGUUGGUUCCUUCCCUAAAAUGGGCAAUUAGACCAAGACAGAAAGAAAAAAAAAAGUCUCUGAAGAUCCAGCUCUGUAUCUGGCCAGGAAUACAGUUUGAAGAAGUUUCAGAAGAAGCAGGGGAUUGAGAAAACAUCUUGUCUGGAGGUUGCUGAAGCCCUUUGGGCUUUGGGGGAAGCUGGACGCAGCCCUGGCCCAGUAGGAUGCCCCCUUGCCCUCCCCAGCAGAGCAGAAACAGGUUGACACAGCUGCUCAGUGCAGAGCUGGGUGAGAUGGAACUGACUUGGCAAGAGAUCAUGUCCAUCUCCGAGCUACAGGGUCUCAUUGCUCCAAGUGAGCCAUCAUUUGAACCUCCAGCUCCAGCCCCUUACCCUGGACCUCCACCAACCCCAACCUACUGUCCCUGCUCAGUCCAUCCGGAUCCAGGCUUUAACCUUCCUCCACCACCAUAUGAGCUCCCAGUAUCCACAUCCCAAGUUCCAGACCCUUCAUUCCCCUAUGGCAACAUGGCCAUACCAGUGCCUAAGCCACUGACCCUCUCAGGCCUGCUCAAUGAGCCCCUUGCUGAUCCCUUAGCCCUCCUGGACAUUGGGCUGCCAGUGGGGCCACCCAAGCCCCAAGAAGAUCCAGAAUCGGACUCAGGAUUAUCUCUCAACUACAGUGAUGCUGAAUCUCUUGAGCUGGAAGGGACAGAGGCUGGUCGGCGGCCGAGCGAGUAUGUAGAGAUGUAUCCAGUGGAGUACCCUUACUCGCUUAUGCCCAACACCUUGCCCCACCCUAAUUAUACCCUGCCACCUUCAGAGACCCCCUUGGCCUUAGAGGCCUCCUCUGGUCCUGCACAGGCUAAGCCUGCUACACGGGGGGAAGCAGGGAGUCGGGAUGAGCGUCGGGCCCUGGCCAUGAAGAUCCCUUUCCCUACGGACAAGAUUGUCAACUUGCCUGUAGAUGACUUUAAUGAGCUCUUGGCAAGGUACCCACUGACGGAAAGCCAACUGGCUCUAGUUAGGGACAUCCGACGUCGGGGCAAGAACAAGGUGGCUGCCCAGAACUGCCGUAAGAGAAAGUUGGAGACUAUCGUGCAGUUGGAGCGGGAGCUAGAACGACUGGGCAAUGAGAGGGAGCGGCUUCUCAGGGCCAGAGGAGAGGCAGACCGUACCCUGGAGGUCAUGCGCCAACAGCUGGCAGAGCUCUAUCGUGAUAUCUUUCACCAUCUUCGGGAUGAAUCAGGCAACAGCUAUUCCCCAGAGGAGUAUGCUUUGCAACAGGCUGCAGAUGGGACAAUCUUCCUUGUGCCCCGGGUUACCAAGAUGGAGGCCACAGACUGAGCUGGCCUGUGUGUGUUUGGUGGUAGUUGGGGGAGGGGGAGAGGGCCUGGUGGGGAUUUUCCUCCCUUCUGUUAAAGGCAUCCCCCCAUACCCCAACAUCCAGAAGGUGCUAAAUUCUCCACAUUAGUACAAGGGGAACCCCAACUUUUUGAAGCUCUGCAGUGUUCAAUGAGACUUGCCUGAGGCCAGAGGAGAAACUUAACUUCCUAGGUCUCCAACCUCCACCUCUUGUCUAAGCAUCCCUCUUUUGGUUUUAUAAA